UAUAUCUUGAAUAAAUAUACAAAUAAAGAAAGAAGGCGUAAAAGUCGAUCGCGAUUCGCGAGUGAAUUGAAUCCACAUGCGAGCUACUGGUCCAGCCCAUUGAACGGAUUCCGCGCUGGCACUUGGCACCGGAGCUCCCAGUGCUUGGGAGGGGGUUUUUGGUAAUUUCCUCAUUUCCCUUAGUCGUUGCGCGGCUUUACCGCGCCCAAAAGAAAAGUAAUGUUCGAAAAAAUUGUUAUGACGACGUGAAUCAUUCGGUCAACUCGAGGAAGAAGAAAAACUUGUAUUGAACGACGAAUCGGUGAUAGGAUGCCGUCCGGUGCUGUUAUCCCUGCUCGGACACGUUUGUUAGCAGUGUUCGCCUUCGUCUUCCUCACAGGCUUGGCCGAUUCCGUAACCAAUGAUUCCCAGGUAAAAUGUAGCAGAACCUGCGUAGCUGAAAACUGUAAUUCGGUUGGAAUCCGAUACGGGAAGUAUUGCGGGGUAGGGUGGUCUGGCUGUCCUGGGGAAAAACCGUGCGACGAUCUAGACGCCUGUUGCAAGAUCCACGACGAGUGCGUCGAGAAAAAAGGUUUGAUUAACGUGAAAUGCCAUGAGAAGUUUAAGAGCUGCAUAAAGAAAGUACAAAAAUCCGGCAAGGUUGGAUUUUCUCGGAAUUGUCCCAUUGAAACAGCUGUGCCUACCAUGGUGCAGGGUAUGGAUAUGGCCAUCUUAUUGAGCCGCUUAGGCGGCACGAGGGUUGAUGAACUCUGAUUUCUCAUCUUGUAAUUUGAGAGAAUUUGAUUGGAUUUUCUCAUUUAACUGUAAAUUAUUCCAUUUGAUGGGAAUUUUGAUACGAGUAUUUUUAAUGAAGAUUGAAGAACAAGAAAUUUCUUUUUCUUGUUUGUCAAAAA